CAUGUUGGAGGGCUGGUGGUAGUGGCUCGGGGAGGUGCUCGCUCUAUCGGUCUCGCUCUCGCUCGCUUCCCCCGGCUCCCUUCGGUGCCCCCCCCGGUCGCCUGCGUGCCGGAGUGUGUGAGGGAGGGGGCGGGCGUCGGGGGGGUGGGGGGAGGCGCUCCGGUGCCCGGGAGCCCGCGGAGGGAGGCGGAGCCGGCGAGGGACUCCGGGACGCCAUGGACGUCGAGAGGCUGCAGGAGGCGCUGAAAGAUUUUGAGAAGAGGGGGAAGAAGGAAGUUUGUCCCGUCCUGGAUCAGUUUCUUUGUCAUGUCGCCAAGACUGGAGAAACAAUGAUUCAAUGGUCUCAAUUUAAAGGCUAUUUUAUUUUCAAACUGGAGAAAGUGAUGGAUGAUUUCAGAACUUCAGCUCCUGAACCAAGAGGUCCUCCUAAUCCUAAUGUCGAAUAUAUUCCCUUUGAUGAAAUGAAGGAAAGAAUUCUGAAAAUUGUCACUGGAUUUAAUGGUAUCCCUUUUACUAUUCAGCGACUAUGUGAAUUGCUAACAGAUCCAAGGAGAAACUAUACAGGAACAGACAAAUUUCUCAGAGGAGUAGAAAAGAAUGUGAUGGUUGUUAGCUGUGUUUAUCCUUCUUCAGAGAAAAACAAUUCAAAUAGUUUAAAUCGAAUGAAUGGUGUUAUGUUCCCUGGAAAUUCACCAAGCUACACUGAUAGGUCUAAUAUAAAUGGGCCUGGAACACCCCGGCCACUGAACCGACCAAAGGUGUCUUUAUCCGCCCCCUUGACAACCAACGGUUUGCCUGAGAGCAGUGACAGCAAAGAGUCAAACUCACCACAUAAUGAAGAAAGAAACCACAGUGACUCUGCAGCAUCUGAAUCAGAAGGGUCUUCAGUGAGUCCUAUAAAAAACAAACAUUCAGAUGACGACGCCGUGGAGGCUGAAGAGCACGAGGCCAAAAGACUCAGGUUUGACAGAGACGGGGAAGUCAGAGAGACAGCCAGUCAGACCUCGUCCAGUGAGGGGGCCUCGGUCCUGGCGGAGGACACAGAGGCACCAUCAUCAUCUCAGGACAAGGACAAAGAAAGUAGUUGUACCCAGCAGCACUGCACAGAAGAGGAGGAAGAGGAGGAGGAGGAAGAAGAAGAGUCUUUUAUGACAUCGAGAGAAAUAAUCCCAGAAAGAAAAAAUCAAGAAAAAGAACCUGAUGAUGCCUUAACUGUGAACGAGGAGACCUCUGAGGAGAAGAGUCAGGUGGAGGAAUCGGCUGUGUCUCGAGCUGAGAAGGAUUUACAUUCUGAAGGGAGUGACACCCCGGGCCCUGUAAGUAGUGGUUCUGACUGCCACCAGACAGAAGAAUCAGUAGGAUCCAGUUCCAGUAAAACUGGAGAGGUUCUCUCAGAAUCCUCCAUGGAAAAUGACGAGGACGCCACCGAAGUCCCCGAGGAACCAAUGGAGCAAGACUGACUACUUCACCACAUUUAGAUGCCGUAUUUUACAUACAGUUCUGGUUUUACACUGUAUAAAACUUUUAUGUAAUAAAGUGGACCUUUAGUUUUACAAGAGAAAGAGAAGCAGUUGUUAAAGUACUUUAAAAAGUACUUUAAGUGUGAAUCCUGAAAGAGUUGUACAUGUAAGAACUGUGAAUAGCAGCUCCUCUGGGUCCUGCUUACCGCUAUCUAUUUUUUUUUUUUUGUUUUUGUUUUUGGGGAUUUUGUUGUUGUUGU